AUGGAGAGGAAGCACAUGGGCAUGAAUGACAUCCUCCCUCAGGAGCUCAUUUACCGAAUCCUUCUAAGGGUACCCGCCGGAGACCUGUUUCGCCUCAGAUUCAUUUCAAAACUUUGGCACUCUCUCAUAUCCCAUCCAGACUUUGCGGAAUCACAUUACGACCUCAACUCUGCCACAUCUUCCCAUUCGCACUUCUUCUUGCUAAAAAACUGUACUAAUGCUUGGUGUGUUCAGCUCGACACGCUAUUUGAUGUUGCAGCAGCACCAACAACACACAAAGAGGUGGAAGCAGCAACUUUCUGGGUUUUUCUUACAUGGCGCUAUUCAUUGGUUGUGUUACUCUAG